AUGCUCUCCAUCGUUCUCCAAGUGGCCUGCAGCCUUCUGGCUUGGUUCUCUCUCUACCAAGGCUUUGCGGGUCGGAACCAGCACCGCACCCCCGAAUGGAGCUGUCGGCUGGUCACCCUGAUGCACGGGCUCCUUGUCACCUUUUUCUCCGGCUACAUCGCUCUGAUUGAUGGACCCUGGCCACUGACUCAUGCAGGCUACCCAAACACGGCUGCCCAGGUCUGGCUGAUGAGCUUGUCCCUCGGAUACUUCAUCUUUGACUUCUGCUGGUGCCUUCAUUUUAAGACUGAGAACGAGCUGAUGCUCUCCCACCACCUGCUGAGCAUCUGCGGCAUGGUCCUCGUGCUGGCGAUGGGCACGUCUGCCACUGAGGUCAAUGCCGUCGUCUUUGUGAGUGAGAUCACCAACCCGCUGCUGCAGGUGCGCUGGUUCCUACGCGAGGUGGGCCGCUACCACAGCUUGGUGGGGGAUGUGGUGGAUUCCCUCUUCGUGGCACUCUUCCUGGGGCUGCGGAUCGUCGGGGGAGUGUGGAUCGUGCACUCCGUGAUGACGUCACCCAGGACCAUCUGGAUGCUCAAGGGUGGAGUCCUCGCCAUGUAUGCUGUGUCCUUGGGAUUUAUGCUGCACAUCUGCAGUUUCGUCAAGAGGAAAUGGAUGAAGAAAUAUUCCUUAUGGAGGAAUGAAGGCAAGGGGGGACAGCAUCCCAAGACCAAUGGACACCCACCUGCGUGUUAA